GUGUAUGGUCACAAAUUUAUCUAUACAUGAAGUCAAAGCCAAGCAAAUGUGGUCAUUAUGCAGUAUGCAAGUAAUUUCCAAGCAGUUGGGACUAAAGCGGAUUGCAGUUGGAUCCAUAAUUACCUUUUCCUUUUUUUUUUUUUCCUCUCUCUCUUUCUUUCUCUCUUCCUCUGGAAAUUUGACUUUAAGUGAGGAGGAUAAGCAUUGGUGAUUAGACCAUAGAGCUGUGUCAUCCGUGAUUACCACAGCAGAUUGUUGUAAAGAAUAAGAGGAAAUGAUGGAGGCACUCAUUCAAAACUUAGAAAAUCUAUGGAAGGACUGGCAGCUACGAGGACUGCUUCUACUUAGCCUCAUUUUUCAGACAAUACUCAUUGUCAUGGGCAAUCACAGAAAAUAUAGUUACCAACUUUUGGUCAGGUUUGCAGUAUGGGUAGCUUACUUAGCUUCAGAUACUGUGGCAACAAUGGCCCUUGGCAUUAUCUCAAAUGACCUGGGAGACACUAGUGAUAAUGGUAAAUCGGAUGCCAACAUUGAACUGCAUGUAUUUUGGGCACCAUUUCUGUUGUUGCAUUUGGGUGGCCCUGACACCAUCACUGCUUACGCCUUAGAAGACAAUGAGUUGUGGUUGAGGCACCUGCUUGGGUUGGCUUUAAAAGCGGGAGUUGCAUUCUACACCUACCUCAUGGCAUGGAGAGGUUCUCAUCUAUCAAUUCUGUCCACUUUAAUGGUAUUUGUAGGCCUCAGCAAGUAUGUAGAAAGGACCUGGGUCCUCCGUUCAGCAAGCAGCCAACAGAUUAAAGGUUCCACGCUUGUUCGUCGUGAUCUUCUAGGCUCUAGUAACCCAAAUUUACUCAAGGAGUACGAUGUGAAGAAAGAAGGGGGAUGCAACCUAAUACCAAACAGAGUAAUUGAUAUUCAACUGCCCAUGGAGACCUUUGCUUUUGAAGACAAUUCCAAUUCCAAGACCAAUGAAUUACUUAAAGCUUAUGGUCUACUUCAGAUAUUCAAGCGUAUUUUUGUAAACCUCCUACUUACCUCUCGGCAUCGAGACAGCAGCCUAGCUAUAUUUCAGAAUCUGUCCUUUGAAAAGGCUUUUAAAGUAGUUGAAAUGGAGCUUGCAUUCAUGUAUGAUUUGCUCUACACGAAAGCAUCAGUAGUCUAUUCUCGUUGGGGCCUUGGCUUGCGCUGCAUCAAUUUAUCACUUACCUGCAUUGUAUUAGUCCUUUUCUCUUUGGCUGAUGAUAAGCACAAGUAUAACAAGGCUGACCUUGUCAUAACCUUCCUAUUGCUGGUAUUAGCUAUUGUACUUGACAUAUAUGCGGCACUGGUCAUUCUUUUCUCGGACUGGACCUUUGUCUGGUUGAGCUUGCACAAAAAAACUUCUAUCUUGAAAGCCAUUGCUUCUAUCCAACUAUUUAACAAUCCUCGGUGGUCAAACUCCAUGGCUCAAUUCAAUCUACUAGACUUUGCGCUUAGAGAAAAACCAAUGAUUUACGAUCCAAUCUUAAGUGAAGUAAAACCUCACCUUUGCCAUAGAAUUCUAAAACACUUUAAGUUCUUAGGCAUUGCGGAAAAGCAAGAAAAGGAGAGAUAUGUUACUAAGGAGGUGAUACCCAGCACCUUAAAGGAAUGGAUAUUCAAGCAUCUCAAGGAGAGAGCUAAAAUUAAAGCAAAAGUUCAUGAUACCUCAGAUGUAGGAAGACAAAAAUUUGGAGUGGACAUUCAUGGUCACAGUGAACUUAAGUGGAGCGUGGAGAAAGGAUUUGAUGAGAGAAUUCUGAUAUGGCACAUUGCUACAGACAUCUGCUACUACUCGGAGGAACUUGGAGAGGCCAUUCCAUCAAAGCGCCAUAUGAGCAUUCUCAUGUCAAGGUAUAUGAUGCACCUGCUCGUUAAUUAUCCUGCCAUGUUACAGGCUGGGAUUGGUGAUAUUCUAAUUGAAGACACUUGUGCCGAAGUCAUUGAUUUUUGCAAUACACCAGAGCCACCAAAAAACAAAAGGGAUACGUAUGAUAAGUUGGUUAAAGCUACUACGGGGGUUGAAUUUCUUGGAAGGAGGUAUAGUGCAAGGAAAUCUAUGUUAAUGGAUGGAAGUAGCCUUGCAAGAAGUUUGAAUGAAAUAUCAAACAAGGAAGAGAAAUGGAGCUUAAUUGCUGAUACUUGGGUGGAAAUGCUUGCUCAUGCUGCAAGUCAUUGUGAAGGAAGUCAGCACAGACAACAUCUGAGGCGAGGAGGACAGCUUCUAACCCAUGUUUGGCUUCUGAUGGCACACUUGGGCUUAACUGAUCAUUUCCAAAGCCUACAACCCCGUGAAAUUUCCAGGCUGACCGCCAAAUAGCCUAUCGAGUUGUAGUUUGUCAGCAUUAGGCUAGCUUGCUGUCAUAAGUGCUUUUUUCUUUUUCUUGGUAUUGCCUAUUUAAAUUUGCUUUUUUUCAAGACUGGAAAUAUUGUAAUGGAGAAAUAAUCUUUCCCCUUAUUGUUUCUUCUUGACCAGAGAAUUCCCAUUCCUGAAUUGUCAUUUUUUUUUCCCUUGUUUUAUAAAAUAGACAGCGCCAUAUUGAAUUCCUGUGCUGAAUUCAUGUAC